AAACUUUUGACGGUCCGCGCGGAUUUCUUGGAUCUGCGCCUCGGGUGUCGCCCCUGGCGCGCGCCCGCGCGCCCGGGAGGGUGGGCGGGCGCAGAUGCUAGAGAUCCAGUCAGAGCGUCAAAAAUGUAUGUCUGUGCCGUGUUUGCUCCUCUAGCGGAGGGGGGAGUGGGAUGAUCGAUUCCUCGACGCACGUCCCAUUGUUGCCUAUAGCAGCUGUGCAGAUCGGGCGGCGGGUGCCCGCGGGGAUGCCGUGUUUGCUCCUCUAGUGGAGGGGGGAGUGGGAUGAUCAAUUCCUCGACGCACGUCACACUUUUGCCUAUAGUGAGCAGCUGUGCAGAUCGGGCGGCCGGUGCCCGCGGGGUGCUGCGACGCCCGAUGAGCUGCCGCAGCCGUGGGCGGUCCCCGGUGGCCCUGGAAGUUCUGCACACUUUGCAGGCCGUGGCCGACAGCGGGCUCCUUCCGUCGCUGAGCUUCGGGCGCCAGUACCUUGGGUUCUACUGCAUUGCGCUCGCCUCCACGCUGUGGUACAAGGGCCUCACCUUCGUGUACCCGACGGGGGCCAUCGUGGAGGAAAUGGUAUUUCUGGUCAGCUUCUACGCGCUGCAGCGCAUGAGGCUCUUCUUCGGGCUGCAGGGCUUGAAGACGCAGCGGAAGCCGAUGAUCGUGGCCUUCGUGUGGAUGGCUGUGCCCGCCGCAUGUGCCAUAGGCUACCAUAUCAAUUUCCAGGUAUACGUCUUGCGGCUGGAGGUCAUCGCGUGCGCGAUAUCAUUGUUUUUGCUCGCGGUUGAGACCACAUUCGGGUGCAUGCUCGGGGUGUUCAGUGCAGAUUCUCUGUUAGAGCAGUGUGUCCUAGGGCUCGGCUUCGCCAUGAGCCUGAGUGCAAUCAUUGUGAUGGUGGCUCUUCACACUCCCCGCGAGUCAGAUCACCGUCUUGUUUGACCACUGGGUGGGUUACUCUUCUUCUGCAAGCGGACGGGCUCUUGGCUGUGGUGGUUGACUGCUUAUCCUUGAGCGAGGCAGAUGGUGACUGUGUGCAGCUUCUGCGUGGUAGGAGAUGUUGCACGCUUCGCGUCGGAAGGGCCAACAGCGCUACGUAGACUUUCCAGAGCCAACGUACGGACUUGCGGUCGACGCUGAAGUCGGACGAAAUUCGGGCGAGCGUGCGGGGCUGUACGUAGUGCAGCUGUGUUGAGACGAGGGAUGUUCUUCAUUAUCACUGCCUGAGUGUUGCCAUGGCGUGUUCCCACUGGCUUUCUUGCAUGAGCACGGGCUUCGUUAUCCUUUCCUGAAGCGGGAUAGGUAGUUGAUCUCACAACUCAGACAGCUCGCGCCGGGCCAUGGUCUUGCAGGUUGUUCACACCAAGCGAGGACGAGACACCAAAUGAGUUGCACAUCGAGUCCGUGGUCUAUAGUCGCAGGACGACUGAGUGUUUGCCGACUGAUCUGGGCUUGUUACCCAUUUGUUGCCCACAUCUUGGGCGAGAACCUGGCAGCGCCAUCAACUGAAUGGCGUCACCCAGGGCUUCUCGAGGCACUCUCCAUGACCGUGUGGCUGCUGCGCGCGAAGAAAAAAUGCGCCGCGAGAUCCGCAUUGUGUUUCAAUGAUGCCAUCGCACAUCAGUUGGGCAGAUGUUCGUGUGCUUCCUCUUGCGCGAAAAAGUGCCCUGUAUCCGGAGAGGGCUUAAUGUUCCCACAAAUCUCGUCGG